GACCUCCAUGUUGUAGUAUACUUGUAGUGGAAGUGUUCCUCGUGUGCCUUUUCCUUGAGUGUCCCGGAUGGCAGGGAAUGCAAGAGAACCAGGCCUUCGGAAUAAGCGUACAUUUUCUGCUGAAUAUCAAGGAUGAAGAGGUGGGCUUUGCUGGUUACGACGACCGACCAACAACGCCGACAGUGAGUGAACCCAUUGAGUCGGUGGUCGGUUGAUGAAAGACGAACAAGGAGUGGGAGGAGGCCUUUAGCUGGCCAAACAGGACAGCCUGCUGGCCUUUGCUUGGUCGAGUCGAAGACACACUCUUUAUCUGCGUGUGUGAGGGUGAGCCUCUCUCUCUCUCUCUUUCUUUCUCUCUCCGGUUCACUCGCCGUACACUCUCAUAUCCUAAUACAUGUGAACACACACUCACACACGAGGACUUGAGUUAUUCCAGUAGUGCGGAGAGUUUGCUCGUUCCGUCUCUCUGUCUCUUUCUCCAGUCUACUUCUCUCCCUGAUGUGAGCCUUUAGAAUGGAAGAGCUCAGACCAGUUUCAAAACGAAUCUUGAAGUUUAAAAUGGCUCACGAUUGUGGAACCACACUUGGUGCCAGAUAGUCAAAGAAACUGUUCCCGAUGUGAGGCCAUGCCGACCCCCAUGCAAAACGAAUAAUGUGCCAUGCAACGUGAAAUGUGAUAAAGCUAAUCCGCGAUAAUGCCUUCGCCGUCAGACAACUAGUGCAAUUCUGUCGCACCAGAGUGUCCAACCUAAUCGUCAUGGCUCUGGAGGAACAGCAGCCUCAGUCUAAGAGCAUGACGCCCCCCAAGGGGCAGGGCGACUACGCCCAUUCGGCUUUGGCCGAGAAACGUCGAGCUCCUUUGAACAAGCUCAUGAAGAUGCGGCUGUCCGUGAGCUCGGAUAGUGAGCCUCCCCACGAAUACCCUGCCACGGCCCCUGUGGGCACGCCUACCAAAGCCAUUCCAAUUCGUCCAAACCGGUCCUAUUCAGCCAACACGUCGUUUGCCUCGAGCAACUCGCCCCAACAGUCUGCCUUGGGCAAUGGAGCUUCAAGUGCGACGUCAACGCCUGUGGGCUCCUCCUCGGCGGCGGGUCGCAGUUCCGUGGAUCGGAAAGAGUCUUACAAAGCCCAAAAGAAGAACUACGUCAAGGCGAAAAAACGUGUGGCCCAAGAGGUGUUGUCCUCCUUCCAGGAUCAUUCCACCAUUGUGGUGGCAGAUUGGCUCAAAGUUCGUGGAACUUUGAAGGGGUGGACCAAGCUUUGGUGCGUUCUCAAGCCAGGACUUCUCUUCAUCUACCGAAGUCAAAAGACAAAGAGCUCCCAGUGGGUGGGAACAAUUAUGCUGAGCCAUUGUGAGCUCAUCGAAAGGCCCUCCCUAAAGGAUGGUUUCUGCUUCAAGUUGUUCAAUCUCAUGGAUCAAACGAUUUGGGCUAAUAGAGGACCCGAAGGCGAGAACUAUGGGGCUGUGACCCUACCCCUGCCCACGUCACACCUGAUAUUCCGAGCCACUAACUCGGCGGCUGGUAAAUGUUGGAUGGAUGCCCUGGAAUUGGCCCUGCGCUGCUCGUCGCUGCUCCAGAGAUCCAUGAGUUCCAAAACCAAUUCCUCGGGAGUUCCGGGAGGAAAUCCUUUGUCACCCGUUACAGAGCAUGAAAUCAUGUCCACGAGCAGUGAUGUGCCCGUUUUGGACCCUGAUCAGUCUUCUGUCGAGACUCAUGUUAUGAACGAUUCGGAUGUGGAGAAGCAUUUCGAAGCAGAAUUACAAGAGGAGGGCAAUAAUUCAAGUUGUGAUGACGGACAGGGCAUGAUGGGCUCGGAUGGGAGUGACUUCAGUGACGACACGCCUUUUUUGGAGCCCACCAUCGAAGAGGAAAUGCCCCUAGUAUUGACCCACUACUCUCCAGACCCGAGUGAUGAGGUGUUUGGAACAGCUAAGGAUCAAACCGAGGAGUUUUCCGACGAAAACAAGUCCAUCGUCUGGUUCCUCAUGAAACAGGUCCGACCUGGCAUGGAUCUUUCCCGAGUGGUCUUGCCCACCUUCAUCUUGGAGCCCAGAUCUUUCUUAGACAAACUUACGGAUUACCAUUAUCACGAAGACUACUUAUCCGAGGCAGUCAAACUCGAAUCGCCCUACGAUCGCAUGAAGGCCGUGGUGCGAUGGUAUUUGUCGGGAUUUUACAAGAAACCCAAGGGCCUUAAAAAGCCUUACAACCCAAUCUUGGGCGAAACAUUUCGUUGCUAUUGGGAGCAUCCAAAUGGGAGCAAAACUUUCUACAUCGCAGAGCAGGUCUCGCAUCACCCUCCCAUAUCGGCGUUUUAUGUCACCAAUCGGCAGGAUGGGUACACGGUUGCCUCGUCCAUCCUCGCCAAGUCCAAAUUCUACGGCAACUCGACAUCCGCCAUUUUGGAUGGAACCGCUCGAUUGAACUUGCUUCCUCGUGGAGAAGAAUAUGCGCUUACUUUACCUUAUGCCCAUUGCAAAGGAAUCCUCAUGGGAACGCUCACCAUGGAAUUGGGGGGCAAGGUGAUCAUUGAAUGUGCCAAGACCGGCUACUCGACCGAAUUGGAGUUCAAACUCAAACCGUUUCUAGGGGGUGGAGAAUUUACCAACGCUGUGAGUGGCAAGAUCCGCUUGGGCAAGGAGACCCUCUCCACUCUGAAUGGGCAUUGGGACGAUUGUGUGAUGCUUAAGGAUAAGAAAACUGAUGAGAGUGAGAUUUUCUGGAAAGUGACCCCAGAGAUCCGGCAAUCCCGUCUGAAGCGCUUCACCGUUCCCAUUGAGGAACAGGGUGAGUUCGAAUCCGUGAAACUGUGGCAAAAAGUGACCCAAGCCAUUGAAGCCGAUAAUCAGAAUGCGGCCACGGACGAAAAGGCCGUCUUGGAAGAGGCUCAAAGGACCGGCGCUCGUGAGCGAAAGGCCGCCGGAGUGGAAUGGGUCCCGAAAUAUUUCGCCUUGGACCCGAUGACCGAGCAAUACGAAUACAAACACGCAGAUCUGCGCCCUUGGGAUCCUCUCAAUGAUCUCUUUCAAUAUGAAAAGGACUUUGUCGUGAAUACCAAAACCAAGCACAAAGCGCCCAUGAUCCGAACUCAAAGCAUUAUCAGCGUCCACGAUGCCACAAAGAUGGGAAAAGAUGGAGGAUGGAGCUCAUAUCGAAUUGGAUUUGUUCCAGGGUCAGAGAGGUCGUCGUUGGUUAUGCGACGGCGACGAAACGCGACAGAUAAGCUCAAAACCACCCCGGCAGUUCCUUCUAUGGAAGGCGGUGGGCGGGAUUCAGGCAGUUCGGUCAUUUUGGAGGAGUCCGAAGAUGGUGUGGAUGGCAAGCAAAGUUCAUCGUCACCCAUCGUGUCAGAGAAUUGCGAGACCUUGUUACGCCAGCUCUUGGAACAACACAAGCGAAACAGCGAGAAGUUGUCCCGCUUGGAGCACAAGCUUGAGGUCAUGUCCAUGCAGCAAAAGGAGCGGGACUCGAAUUCCAAUAUCAACCGAGACACGGUGUGUCUCGUCAUCUUGGUCUUUAUGAUCCAGGCCAUCUUGACGUGGGUAGUGACCACGAAAUCGCAAAAUCCCGUCAACUACUCCGGAUCCUCUUAGACAGAGACCUGUCUCUGUCUCUCUGUCUUUCUUUCUAUCAAUCUUUCUUUGAGUCGUGCUUGAGAAGGAUGCGAGUGGAGGAGUAGUUCAGAAUUCAUUCAUCAGCUGUUCAAGAAGCCUUACCCUUAUUAAUCUGUAAGAAUAUACCUAUGAACUCUGUGCUGUACGUGGUACAAUCAUCAUGAUCAUUGUAUGUACAUACAUACACUUAGUUGUGCAAGUUUUUUGUCUCUCUUUCUCCCGCUUAUCUAUCAAUCAGUCGAUCCAUCAGCUCUACCGUCUCCUCUAGAAUUCUAUGAUCAUAUUGACAUUGUAGAGUUCUGCAAUAGUUAGCACCAAUAAUAAAUAUUAACAAACCCCUU